AUGGACAUCUUCGGCAGCCGUCUGCGCGCGCAGGAAGGGGCGUUCUUCAAGAGCGAAGCCGAGCGAGACAUUGAAAAGUUGGCUGCGAGACGACGCGCGCGAAACGCGGACGGCGCGGAGGCGCUGCUCGCGAGCGGGGACGAUGAGAAAGACGCGCGCGCGAGUUCGUCGUCGUCGGCGAGUGGGAACGACUACGCCAAGGCUGGGAGCGCCGCGCGCGGCGGGGUGGACAAGCUCGGCAGCGUGUACGCCGAGGAGCUGCGGUUGCCGGGGACGACGACGAACGCGCGCGCGACGCACUUGCGUCGAACGGUGGGGCGAGGUGAUGAAACCAAACGCGAUGGCUUGCGUCGCGCGGCUAGCGACGGCAGAGACUCGAUAUUCGCCGCGCAGACGUUGGGAAGUAAGCUCAAUAGACGCGACUGGAUGCGCGAGGUGAGCGCGGAUUUACGACGCGCCGCGGCGGAGCGCAAAGCUUUGAGUCCGAUGGAAAUCAAAGCUCUCGAAACGUCGCAAAUGGCGCAAAGACACGCGAUGGUGGGAGGAUUGCGCGCGCUCGCGUAUGGAACUGUUUUGGCGUUCGUCGGCGUCGUCGGCGGCAGCGUCGCGGCGAGUUCGUUGUUCCAGAUAGAUUCGCACGGCGAUUUCGAACGCAAAUUUCGAGCGACGUUCGAGCCACACGUGCAAGCCGCGCGCGCAUCAGCGGAGCCGUAUAAAAGGUGGAUCGCCGCCGACGGCGGCGAGGGCGUUGCGAGUCGCGUCUCGCUACUGGAGAACAGCGCUAUGGUUUCUCGACUGCGCGCGAAACUCGGUCGACGGAAAGACGACGGACAUUCGGGGCCGUUCUGA